AUGAACGGCUCAUUCGCUGCUUGCGCUCAGCCCUCAGGUAGAAUUCGAAUCAUCCGUCAUCAACACGCUGUCAGCCUCGUCUUUGACUUCCUCGCCAGCUCGCCAGAUUUCGCGUCCAAUACUGUACACGUCAAGGGAGUGGAUGCUCAUGUUCUUUUCAUUGACUCCUCCUUCCCCUAUCCCUUUCCAGGCUCCGAUUGUUGUUCGAGGGUUUUUACAGUCCAACGAAGUGUUGGAGAACUCAGUCAAUGGUGCCACCGAGCUCGCCGCGGCGAGCUCGCCGUGCCGGAGCACCUAGCUGGGAAGGGGAUCACGCACCAAACGAGCUGUGCCCACACCCCUCAGCAGAAUGGUGUGUCCGAGCGAGCCAAUAGAGUGAUCUGUGAGCGAGCUAUCGCAAUCAUGCACUCUGAGCGCAUCCCUCUCUCACUCUGGCCACAGGUCAUUGAGACUGUUGUGUUCCUCAAGAAUCGGGCACCUUCUCGCUCAGUCACGACAACUCCUUAUCAGCUUCUAUUCAACAGGAAGCCAAGUCUGCGAGACCUCAGAGUCUUUGGGUGCACUGCCUAUGUGCUUAUUCGCAAGGGAGCUCGGGCCGCCAAGCUUGCAGACCGAGCUAUCCUCUGCAUCUUUCUUGGGUACUCAGACACCCAGAAGGCAUGGAAGUUCUGGGAUCCAGUAGCUCGGAAGCUGGUGGUGUCCCGAGAUGCGAUCUUCGAUGAGCAUACCUCGGCUGCUCGGCUCGGAAGACCGCAUGUCUCGCUUGAGGACCUGGAGCGAGCAAUGCUCGGAUCCCUUCCCCGCAGCCUUCCCUACUCGGAGCUGGUGACUCAGCUCCCAAACAUGUCCUCUCACCCCCCGCCCGAACCUCAGCAACCGAGCUCGGCUGACUCCCAUAUGCAUGGUGACAACCCUGGCACUGCUCCUCAUGGAGCAUCCACUCGACCUAGUGCUCAGGACUUCGUGGAUGCAGUGGGAGAUGUUUCAGGAGCAGUGGGAGGUGGCAGAUCUGCUCGACAUGCAUCCAGCACCAGCUCGGUACUCUACAACAGGUUAUGA